AUGUCAAAGUUAGAACCAAAUGAAGCAAAGUCAAAAGAGGUAACGGAUGCUGUAAGGAGGUCGUUCAAGAGCUGCGUCCCUCAGCGGCUACCAGUAGGACGACAGAAACAGCCCCAGUGGAAACCUGGGGUUGCUCCCAAUACUAAGUCACCGGUUGUACCAUCGACGCAGCCACGUUUUGCCGCCAAACCUGUUACGAGACCUCGAUCUGGAGAGCAGCAGCAAAGCCGUCCCAGAUCUGCUAACAAGAUGAAGGACGAUAAAGCACCGCCGAAUUCGCCUCAUAGUGUCAUGCGAUCGUCGCGUCCUGAGCGGGAAAAAUAUUUAUCUGCAAAAAAAUCAUCUGUUAUACCUAAAAGAAUCAUGAAUGAGACGAAACCGACAAGAAUGCUUUACACCAAUCGGGCAGCACGAUUACCUAAUCAAGAUAUAAUCAACAAACAUGAAGAUUUGGAGUUACAACAAAGCGAGACAAAAGCAGGCGAUCCAAACGAUACAGAUUCUAUUUCUUCAAGAAACGAAAAGUUGACACAGUUGAAAAUAACCUGGCAGGAGAAAAUUUUAGAGUUUGAAAAGGUCAAGAAUGAAUUAAGUGAAAAACAGAGAGUGAUAAUGGCGCUAUACGCUGGCCUGGGGAAAACUCAUCAGAAGAUGUCAGCCCUGGGACACAAAACCUCUUUGCCAUCCCCGGACGAGCUGCAGAUAAUCAACGUUACCAACAUGACACCUGAACAAUUGUUGCAGUUGUGCGCUUGUCCUGAACAAAAUGAUUUUGCUACUCGGGCACCAAUUUCAAUAGAAAAGUUAUACAUCAUGCCAUCAAAAUUAAUUGGAACUUGCGAACAAACAUUAUUCAAGAAUAAAGAAAUUAUUGAUUUAUUAGAUUCAUCGUUAUCAUCAUCGGAAAAAAACAAAUCAUUUCUGAGGAAGUUAAAAGAAUACGCAGCUGAAAAUGAAAUGUUAUCGUACUCUCUGGAUAAAGUGAAAAAAGAGUUUAUAGUGGAAUUAAAUGAAAUAGUGGCUUUUUUAAGGAAAUCUGAACAAGAAAAGAUGACUUUGAAUUUGCGCAACGAACAGUUAAUUUGCGAAGUAUCAGAAUUGAAUUCACAUAAAAAUGAUCUUCGUAAGCAACUGCAUGAAGCCGAUUGCCGUAGAUCAAGUGGAAUUAAGAAUAGAGUUGAGGAAUUAGAAAAGCUUUUGAAAGAGGAGAAGUGCAAAAAUAAUAUUAUCAAAAAUCAAUUAAACCGUGCGACAUGCCAGGCAAAAAAUAAUGAGGUACAAAUAUCUCAUAUGGAGGCGGCGCUUGAGCAAUCGCAAUCCAAGGGCUGGGCUCUAGAGAGGACUGUGUUGGAUCUACAAGAAAAGAAUCAAAAACUGCAAGAUGAGUAUAGCUCUGAGUUUAAUAAGUUUACAGAAUUAAUUACACAAAACACAGCUCAUUUGGAAGAAAUUGCCAAAGCUCGAGAAAAAUUACAAACGGAGAAAGAGGACUUGGAAAGGCGUCUUAUCGACCUGUCUUCAUAUUAUGAUGAAUCGGUUAAUAAUAUGAAAGAGGAAAUAAAUACAAAAGUGGAAAAAAUAAUAGAAUCAGAGAUGAAAUAUGAACAGGAAAAAGAAGAACGGGUCAAAUUGGUCAAUAAAGUGGAAUCUCUUUGUGCACAAUUGCUCGAGUCUGAAUUGCGGUUCAAGGAUAUGUGUAAGCAAGUCCAUGAAAAGGAGCUGCAGCUGAGUAAUGCUCUUAAAUGUCAACAAGAAUUUGAAAUAACAAAGCAACAACUGGACAUUGCAAAUACAGAGAUAGAAAAAUAUCGCGGCAGAUUUUUAGAGCAGAGUGAAGCCAUAAAGGAAAUAGAGCGCAAUUUGAAAGAAUCGGUGACGUUGGAAGAGGAUUUGAAAAGAGACUUAAAAAUUAAGGAGGAAUAUAUAGAAGAACUAGAGAAGAAAGUUGAUUUGUUAGAACAACAACGCCAAGACAGUGAAAGCAAAAUGAAUUUUUAUGAAGAACAGUUAUCGUCACUCAAGAAUCUAUUAGGUCAAUUACAAAAAGAUUUUGGUGAAUUCGAAAGUCUUAAUGAACUACAUGAAAUGGUUACUAAGCAACGUGCUAACUUAAUCGAAGCUAAUAGGCAAAAUGGAGAAUUAGCAGAAGUAUUGCAGAAGAAGGACAAAGAUAUAGAACAUUAUUUAGAAACCAUCUCGCAGCAAGAACGUAUUAUAGAACAACGAGACGAUAUUGUUAAAAUGCUAUCACAAAAGGAAGAGGAGCAUACCAAUAUUAUAAAGUUACUUAGAAACAAUCUAGAGAUGAGAACACAAGCAGAAGAUGAUCUCAACCAACAAGUGUCUCAGAAAAAUGUAGAAAUAGAUAGUCUUAUUACCAAUCUUGAUAGAAAGAAAACACAAAUAUGUGAAUUAGAAAAUAUAAUAUUCACUAUGGAAAACCAAACACGUAAAGCAAGUGCCCAGAACAGAAAAGAUCAAGAAAAAAUAGAAUCCUUAGAGUCAAAAUUAGCGGAAUAUGAUAACUUUUUCAUUAAAAAUAAAAGAAGUAUGGAAACGCCUGCUGAAAAUCUAGAUAGUAUUAUAAAAAAUCUUGAACAAGAAUUAAUCAACCCCAUAGAAGAACCUAUUGUAAAUAACGAGUCAAUUUAUUUCAAUCAGAAACAUGAAGUAAAUAAUAAAAUAAUUAAUAAAAAUUCACACAAAUAUCAAAUGGGACUACUUACAAACAAUGAAGUUUAUGAAAAAAGAUGUUUUAAAAAGGUUUAUGACGAUUUGAAAUGUGAAGGCGACCGUCAGAAAUGUUCGAAAAACAUACAAACCAAAAACUGGAUUCCUUCCCCUAAACCCAAAACCAAUAUUCAUCAGUCUAUGACAAUCGAUACGAAAGAAUCGUGGAAUAGAAAAGAUAAUGAUUUUACCAGAAAUUUGCAAUUGCCUGUACAGCAACUCCACGGCGAUAAAAAAACUAAAACAUUUAAAUUUGCUGCACAUAGACUGUAA